GUUAGUCAAUGGUCAGGGAGUUGGCAUUAGCAACGAGGAAGUGCUAGCACCGUGCUGCCAGUAGUAACAGGACACAAGUCCAGUCAAGUGGCUAACAGGGAAUGGAGCUGUGCUGAGGGUUUAGGGAAGAGUGAGGUUUGGAUGGGACACAGGGGGUCACCCCCCCGCAUGGUAGCGUGGAAGGUCUUGAGGGGGAGGGUUGGGGAAGUGGAUUAUCAGACUCAUUAAAUGCUCACUUAGAUUCCUUACGCUCUGAUGGGAUAGACCUGAAUACCUUGCAUCAUGGGCAACGCGGCCAUGUGUAAGGUGUGCGGCUCGGACAAGGGCCUGAGGACGACAGGGAGCCAAUCCAACCUGGACCAGAAUCCUGCCCCAGAAUACUACUGUGUGGAGCAUUAUCCUGAGCAGCCUCCACUGAUGGUGUCGGACAGUAACACCAGUUUCCUGCGAGCAGCAAGAGCAGGGAACAUCGACAAGGUUUUGGAAUACCUGAAAGGAGGAGUGGACAUCAGCACGUGCAAUCAGAAUGGUCUUAAUGCACUGCAUCUGGCAGCCAAGGAGGGCCAUGUGGAUCUGGUCCAGGAACUGCUGGACAGAGGUGCAGCGGUCGAUUCAGCCACGAAGAAGGGAAACACAGCACUUCACAUAGCCUCUCUCGCUGGUCAGGUUGAAGUAGUGAAGAUCCUGAUCAAACGAGGGGCGGACAUCAACUCUCAGUCUCAGAAUGGAUUCACUCCCUUGUACAUGGCCGCUCAGGAGAAUCACAUGGAUGUGGUGCGAUACCUUCUGGAAAAUGGAGGCAACCAGAGCACCGCUACCGAGGACGGCUUCACCCCUCUGGCCAUCGCCCUCCAGCAGGGCCACAACCAGGUCGUUUCUGUCUUACUGGAGAACGAUACUAAAGGCAAGGUCCGCCUGCCUGCCUUGCAUAUUGCCGCUCGCAAGGAUGAUACCAAGUCGGCGGCCCUGCUCCUCCAGAACGACCACAACGCCGAUGUCCAGUCCAAGAGUGGAUUCACGCCCCUGCAUAUCGCCGCCCACUAUGGGAACGUCAAUGUGGCCACGCUCCUGCUGAACCGAGGGGCAGCAGUGGACUUCACUGCGAGGAAUGGGAUUACUCCACUACACGUGGCCUCCAAGCGUGGCAACACUAACAUGGUUCGUCUGUUAUCGGACCGUGGGUCUCAGAUUGACGCUAAAACAAGGGAUGGUCUCACGCCCCUCCACUGUGCGGCUCGGAGUGGACAUGAUACAGCUGUGGAGGUGCUGCUGGAGAGAGGAGCACCCUUAUUGGCCCGGACCAAGAAUGGACUGUCUCCUCUCCACAUGGCAGCGCAAGGGGAUCACGUCGAAUGCGUCAAACAUCUUCUGCAGCACAAGGCGCCUGUUGAUGAUGUCACAUUGGACUACCUGACCGCGCUCCAUGUGGCGGCGCACUGUGGUCAUUACAAAGUCACCAAACUGCUGCUGGACAAGAGGGCCAACCCCAACGCCAGGGCUCUGAAUGGCUUCACUCCACUGCACAUAGCCUGUAAGAAGAACCGCGUAAAGGUGAUGGAGCUGCUGGUCAAGUACGGAGCCUCUAUCCAGGCCAUCACAGAGUCUGGUUUGACUCCCAUCCACGUCGCGGCCUUCAUGGGUCACCUGAACAUUGUUCUGCUGCUGCUGCAGAACGGAGCUUCGCCGGACGUCAGCAACAUUCGCGGAGAAACAGCGUUACACAUGGCAGCCAGGGCAGGUCAGGUGGAGGUGGUUCGAUGUUUGCUGAGGAACGGAGCAAUGGUGGACGCCAGAGCUCGGGAGGACCAGACUCCCCUACAUAUUGCAUCCCGUCUGGGAAAAACUGAGAUUGUCCAGCUGCUGCUCCAGCACAUGGCCCAUCCUGAUGCUGCCACAAACAACGGCUACACCCCCCUCCACAUCUCCGCCAGGGAGGGGCAGGUGGAGACGGCCUCUGUGCUGCUGGAGGCUGGGGCUUCUCAUUCCCUGGCCACCAAGAAAGGUUUUACCCCCCUGCACGUGGCCUCCAAGUACGGAAGCCUGGAUGUGACCAAACUUCUGCUCCAGCGUCACGCUCCACCGGAUUCUGCUGGAAAGAACGGCCUCACCCCGCUCCACGUCGCCGCACAUUACGAUAACCAAAAGGUUGCACUCCUGCUUUUGGACAAAGGAGCGUCCCCCCUCACAAUGGCCAAGAACGGCUACACUCCUCUCCACAUCGCUGCCAAGAAGAACCAGAUGGAAAUCGCCACAGUUCUGCUGCAGUACGGAGCCGAGACCAACAUCCUGACCAAGCAGGGCGUCACCCCGCUCCAUCUGGCCUCCCAGGAGGGCCACGCCGGCAUGGCCGCCUUGCUCAUGAGCAAGGGAGCCCCGGUCAACGUUUCCACCAAGAGCGGCCUGACUGCCCUCCAUCUGGCAGCCCAGGAAGACAAAGUGGCUGUUGCCGAGAUCCUCGCCAAAAACGGCGCCAACCUCGACCAGCAGACCAAAUUGGGAUACACUCCGCUGAUUGUAGCGUGUCACUAUGGUAACGUCAAGAUGGUCAACUUCCUGCUGCAGAAUGGAGCCGGUGUCAACGCCAAGACCAAGAAUGGAUACACUCCCCUUCACCAGGCGGCCCAGCAAGGCAACACACACAUCAUUAACGUUCUGCUGCAACACGGCGCCAAGCCCAACGCUAUAACUGUGAAUGGUAACACCGCUCUGGGUAUUGCUCGGAGGCUGGGCUACAUCUCUGUAGUGGACACGCUGAGGGUCGUCACGGAGGAGAUCAUCACCACCACCACGACGGUGACAGAGAAACACAAGCUGAACGUGCCAGAGACCAUGACUGAAGUGCUGGACGUCUCCGAUGAAGAGGCUUUGAAAACCAUUGAUGAUGAUGAUAUGUCAGACGACCCCAUGGAUUUUGAAGGCGACGACACGAUGACAGGCGAUGGGGGGGAGUAUCUGAGGGCCGAGGACCUCAGGGAGCUCGGAGACGACUCGCUUCCCGGGCAGUACCUGGAUGGAAUGAACUACCUCCGCUUCAGCCUGGAGGGAGGACGCACUGACAGUCGAAUUCAAAGUUCAGACAGGUCCUUCACCCCCACCCACCAAAGCUACUACUCCCCUAAACAUGAAGGCAUGAUGGAGGAGAUGCUCACCAGCCACCAGGUUACAUCACUUGCCAGGGAGAAUGACAAGGAUUCAUACAGACUGAGCUGGGGAACAGAGAACCUGGACAAUGUGGCGUUAUCCUCCAGCCCCAUCCACUCUGGCCACUCCUCUCCGUGCCAUGAUCAUGGAGACCACAGCAGCUUCCUGGUCAGCUUCAUGGUGGAUGCCAGGGGUGGAGCCAUGCGCGGCUGCCGACAUAAUGGCCUGCGCAUCAUCAUCCCGCCCAGGAAGUGCAGCGCGCCCACACGGGUGACGUGUCGGCUGGUGAAGAGGCACCGUCUGGCCACCAUGCCCCCGAUGGUUGAGGGUGAAGGCCUGGCCAGCAGGAUCAUCGAGGUGGGGCCCUCCGGAGCCCAGUUCCUCGGUAAACUUCACCUCCCCACUGCCCCUCCACCUCUAAACGAGGGGGAGAGUUUGGUUAGCAGAAUCCUCCAACUCGGUCCACCGGGGACAAAAUUCCUCGGUCCUGUGAUCGUGGAGAUCCCCCACUUUGCUGCCCUGCGGGGGAAAGAGAGGGAGCUGGUGAUACUGAGGAGUGAGACAGGAGAAAGCUGGAAGGAGCAUCACUGUGAACACACCCAGGAAGAACUCAACCAGAUACUCAAUGGCAUGGAUGAGGAGUUGGACACACCGGAGGAGCUGGAGAAGAAGCGCCUUUGCCGUAUCAUCAGCAGAGAUUUCCCACAAUACUUUGCUGUGGUGUCACGCAUCAAGCAGGACAGUAAUCUGAUUGGUCCUGAGGGAGGCAUCCUGAGCAGCACAGUUGUGCCCCAAGUGCAGGCAGUUUUUCCUGAGGGGGCCCUCACCAAGAGGAUCAGGGUCGGACUGCAGGCCCAGCCAGUGAACAUAGAUGUAGUGAGGAAGAACCUGGGGAACAAGGCAACCUUCAGCCCGAUUGUCACCCUGGAGCCCCGCAGGAGGAAGUUCCAUAAACCCAUCACCAUGACCAUCCCUGUUCCCAAGAGCAACUCCGACCCGGUCAUUAACGGUUUUGGAGGGGACACACCCACCUUACGCCUGCUCUGCAGUAUCACUGGUGGAACGACGCCGGCCCAAUGGGAGGAUAUAACAGGAACCACUCCGUUAACAUUUAUCAAUGACUGUGUCUCCUUUACCACCAAUGUGUCUGCUAGGUUCUGGCUCAUAGACUGUCGGCAAGUCCAGGAAUCUGUCAACUUCUCCACCCAGGUGUACCGAGAGAUCAUCUGCGUCCCUUACAUGGCCAAGUUCGUCAUCUUUGCCAAGACCCACGACCCCAUUGAGGCCCGCCUGCGCUGCUUCUGCAUGACAGACGACAAGAUCGAUAAAACCCUGGAGCAGCAGGAGAACUUCACUGAGGUGGCCCGUAGCCGAGACGUAGAGGUCCUGGAAGGAAAACCUAUCUAUGCAGACUGUUUUGGAAACCUGGUUCCCCUCACCAAAAGUGGCCAACAUCACCUCUUCAGCUUCUUUGCCUUUAAGGAGAAUCGACUAGCGCUCUUCAUCAAAAUAAGAGACAACACUCAGGAGCCGUGUGGCCGUUUGUCCUUUAUGAAAGAACCAAGGAACUACAGGUCAAUCACCCAGAAUGCUAUAUGCAACCUCAACAUCAACCUCCCAUCAUACUGUAAGGAGUCCGAUUCAGACCAAGAGCAAGAGGAAGAGACCAGCAGAACAGAAGAGAAAUACCGGACUUCCGGAGAAAGAGUUAAACACUCCCAUCUACAUGAAGAGCGGGAGACAUCAGUCCUGAAAUCAGAGCUGAUUCGAGAGCCCGACCUCCUAUCCGACGUGUCAGAGAUGAAACAAGAUUUGAUCAAAAUGACUGCCAUCUUGACUGCAGACUCAACAGAGAAAUCCCCUUCCUUAGGGGGGUGUGGUCUAGAGAAAGGAACGGAGGACAUUUCUGGAGAACCGUUAGAAAUAAUGGAGAUGGACUUAGAAAAAGUCAAAGAGGACCUAGAGAAAGUCAGUGAGAUACUAAGGAGUGGAACAUAUGAGGGCGAGUUGGCAGAGGAGGCAACAAACGCGGCUAGAAUGUCAGACGAGUGGGUUUUCCUUUCAGACAGUGAGAUAGAAGAGGCCAAAAAUAUGGCAGCUUUGGAAAUUCAGGAGCCUGUUUUACGGGAAACUAGAUCUAACAGAGGGGCUCCCAGACCUAAGGCCAUAAAGGACAGUGGUGAUCUUAAAGAAUACCUCCUGGAUGCACCAAUCUCCAAAGUAAAAGCUAAGAAAGAGCCAGCCACCCAAGAAAAAUUCACUGAUGUUGUACUGCGUAAAGGUGCGAAAACAACCACUCCAACCAAAGUGCAAGUAAAAACAACUGCUGGUGAUGUUAAAAAAACAGUCAGAAGAAAGGGGAAAGACCAGGGCCAGUCAGAGGAAUCAACAGAGGCAGGUGGUCUCUUAAGUGUGGCAACAGUCCCCGCUCCAGCAUCGCCUGUAUCCCCAGUCAUUGAAGAAACUCCCAUAGGGUCAAUAAAGGACAAAGUCAAAGCUUUACAACAGAAAGUUGAGGCAGAGCAAAAGAGCAAAAAGGUCACUGGAAGCAAGCCUUCACAAUUGCCUGUUAAGGGCAAAUCCUCUCCCAAAGCCAAAGAAAACCCUAAAUCGGGUUCCCCUAAAUCCCCUAAAUCCCCUAAAUCUGAAUCUGAAAAACUUGAGGAGACCAUGUCAGUUAAAGAACUGAUGCAAGCAUUCCAGACGGGGCAGGACCCCUCAAAGGGAAAGUCUGGGCUGUUUGAGCUCAAAACAUCCACAACAUCAAGAUCCGAGAAAACCUCAAAAUCAGAAACCAUCCAAUCAAAAUCCAUGACCAAAGCAAUAACAUCACGUGUUUCUCAAGAGCGAGAAGUAUCUUUGGAUUCAAAACCCUGCAAGAAGGACACGACUCAGCAGGACAUAGAGAAUGAAAACAAGUCAGUUGCUCCUGCCCAUUCAGAGCUGACUGAAACUGUAGACUUUGGAAAUUGUGGCCUUGAUGACAGCUCGGACAGCUCAAAACAUGAGGGGGUGGCAGAUUCACUAAGUGCUAGCUCUGGAGAUGGAACUCAUCCAAGCUCUGAGGACAGCUAUAAACAUGAGGGUUUAGCCACACCAGGCACAAGCCCUGAAAGUCUGUCUCUUUCUCCCAAAUCUGGACAGCACGCAACUUCAUCACCAGCUACCACAACAGUCAAAAAACAAAGUAAAGACAGCGAGAAGUCUGGAGACUCUGGUUUAGGGGCCACUGGUGAACAACUAUCAACAGAAUUGUCCCUCCCUGUUUCUUCCAGUGAGGCUCCUGAUGACCACAUUACAAGUGAGUCCACAUCUGUUAAGAGGAGUGAGUCUAAGCCAUCUAAACCUCAAAAGCUUACAAAAAGAAACUCAGAGACAGUAGAAACUUUUCUUAGCGAUGAUGAGAGCCCUGGUCGUCAGUUAGAAUUGGCUUUAAUUGGUUCUCCAGCCUCUAGAUCCUUGUCUCAGCGUCAAGAAAGCUUAGAGCUGCCUUUAAAACUAGACUCAGAUGCGCUCAGUCCAUUAGCCGAUGACUCUUUGACAAUAAGCCACAGAGACUCUCUAGAUGGUAGUCCUCUUAUGGAAGAAAACUCCUCGCAUAAGUCCCCAGACUCCAUUGAACCUAGCCCAACCAAGGAAUCACCUCCUCAUGACUCCUUGGAGAGCAGUCCGGUAGAGCAAAAAAGCCACCCUUCCUUCCCAUCAACACUCGGUCCACCUAGUAAAUCCUCUAGCCAACCAGAGCCCAUCAAAACCACAGAAUUCCCGCAUGAUGCUUUGCGUGAUAGGCUGCUUCGAGACCAUGAGGCUAGUGCUGAUGAUGACAGUUGUGAGCAGACAUCUCAGAUGACAAGUUCCGCAGGUUUGCAUGAUGGAUCCCACAGCAAAGAGGUCAAGGACACAACAACAACAACCAGUGUCACUUCAGAGGGGCCUAACCCUGUCUCAGACCAGCAUCAUUCAAACACCGAACUGAACACCUCACAGGAACAAAGACUCUCACCAUCUGUAAAAUGUGAUACAGACAAAAAGUCUGCUGAAACAUCAAACAGUGAAAACAGGACUGAUGAACAAAAGGAAGAAUGCUUAAGGAAGUCAACAGAAUGCAAAGGAGACAACACAAAUGGUCAAGAGUUAGAGGCCUGCAGGCUACAGACUGGUACAGUAAAACCAGGUAGCAAUGUAACAGAUGAAGUCAAAGGAGAUCCAAGGGAGCAUACAGCAGUUCCAGAAGCUACACUGGGUCCAACUGUUGCCCCAGAUCAAACAAAGGAAAUGUUCAAACCUGAGGUCUGCAUCUACGAUGACACAGAGGAAGAGGAUGAGGCAUUGGAACCUCCCAGAACUGAGUCCAAAGGUGUGACUGCAAAGGCAGACACUGACUCAUGGUCUGCCAUGCGGGAGGAUGAUGACACUUUUGCAGCUCGUGUCAAAGAGGAGGAACAGAAGAUACUGAAUUUAGUGGUGGACCGUCAGUCUCGUCAAGCAACUCCAGACACGACACCUGGUAGAACACCAACAGAAGAGAGCACUCCUACCAGUGAGCCCAAUCCUUUUCUGUUCCAAGAAGGGAAGCUCUUUGAGAUGACCCGAAGUGGUGCUAUUGACAUGACCAAGAGAAGCUAUGAGGAAGAGGGGGGUGGCUUUGCCUUUUUCCAGAUAGGUGAACCGCCUCUAGAGGAGCCUCUCUUAGAAGAGGCCAGGCAAGAAGGUAAUAGAUCAGCAGCAGAACCUGAAGUUGGCCUCAAUCUUAUACUAGAGGUUAAGACUGAGGAAGCUGAAAAAUCAAAAGAAACAUCUGAUUCUCAGCUUCAAUCCCCACCACAAGGUGAUCAGACAGCCUCAAAGGCUGAUGCCUCCAAAUCUAAAAUCCCUAAAAUGGGCAUUUCAGCUUCAGCCAAACCUACAAAGAAAGAUCAGACAUCCCCUGAAGGUCUAGAUAUUAAAACAGACAAAAAUCUAAAUGAAGGAUCCUUAGAUGUAGACACAAGUUUCUCUGACCAAAUGAUAACAAAUGUACAAACAGCAGAAACUACAGUUACAAGAUCUGUUUACUCUGAGCAAGGCCAAGAGUCCUCUGACUCCUCUCCAGAGGAACCGCAGUCAGUGAUAGAAGCCCCCAAACCAACAGGCAAGUCUAAACAAAAUGCUUCCAGUAGUGUUAAAAAGACUCCAGGCAAAACACAAGCUAAGUCUGCUCCUCAAGCAAGGGGUAAAUCCACAACCCACUCUCCAUCUAAUACAACUUCCUCUUCAACCUCUAUUAAAAAAGAGGCCUCCUUCACAUCUGAAUCUAAAUCUAAAAUUCCCAUUAAGUCGAGCACCAUCAAGCCUGAUUCUACUGUCAAACGUGUAGAAUCUACCCAAGACAAAAAGCUUAAAGUCCCAGUAAAAAAGGAUUCGAGGAGAAAAUCUGAGACAGACGCAGGUCCCUCUGUGGAGGUCAAAACCAAGACAUCUUCCAAAGCAAAGAGCUUCUGUGAGGGGGAGUCUACGGGGCCCAGUACUAAAAAAUCGAAAGGCUUCCAAUCCAGAUUGCCAGUCCGAGGCAAAAGUGGCCAGUCAUCUCAUUCCCCAGCAACCACUAAAGAGAAAAGUAUGCCACGCAAAAAGUCCAUUGAGUUCUUUGAGGAGAUAAGCGACGAGGCGGCGAAACUCGUCGCAAGGUUGGCGCAGGCCGAGAAAGAGAAAGAACAAGAGGCUGCAGCCGCCAACUCGGAUGAUGAGAGCAGUCUCAUUGAUCCAUCAAUCAUAGAAAUGGAAACUUUCUCUGAGAUGCAGUUCCCUCCUUCAGGAGACGUCUUUCCUAUUAGACCACUGUGGGACGACCCUGUGGAGACACAGAUGCAGCGAAUUCCAGAUGAUAAAGUCCAAAGUCAAGUAGACCCACAGGAUGAAGCAGAGAGAAAAGAGCAACGGUUGGCCAUUAUAGCUGACCACUUGGGCUUCAGCUGGACGGAGUUGGCACGAGAAGUGGAGUUCAGUGAGGAGAGGAUAAACCUGAUAAGGAUUGAAAACCCCAACUCACUACAAGACCAAAGCCAUGCCCUUUUGAAACUCUGGGCAGAGAGGGAGGGAAAGCAUUCCACAGCAGAAACAACACUGAUCGAAAGACUGACAAAGAUCAACCGAAUGGACAUUGUUCACCUCAUUGAAACCAAGUUUAUCAAGUCCACUCAGGAGGAGACGUCAUCACACACCUAUGCAGAAAUUGAGCGGACAAUAGCACUGGAUCAUAGUGAAGGUUUCUCUGCCCUUCAUGAAGACAUUGACAGCCCUCGGCCAGGCAGGCGCACGGGGACGGCAAGUAGGAGUCCAGGCUCAGGACAGGAGGUACCCAUGGUGACAGCAGAGGACCUGUCCUCCAGUUUGUCAUCACUUCCUGAGACGACAGGACGGUCAGAGACAGACUCCGCAGCAACAGGCCUUCUUAGAAAUGCCCGGAAGGAGAAAUUACAAAAAGAAAUGGAAAUAAAAUACUCAUCACAAAGAAUAUAUGAGGAAAUGAAGGACUCGGUACACACAGGCGGUUUUAAACAAGAGAUAGCAGAGGAACUAGGGAUGCUGUCCUCUGAUAGCUCAGAGGAGGAGGUGCUGACCACCAGGGUGGUCCGACGCAGAGUUAUCAUUCAGGCUGAUAACCUGCCAGACAUCGCACCACAGACUGUCACAGAGGAGAAGUACACAGACGAGCAAGGGAACAUGGUGACUAGGAAGAUCACACGGAAGGUGAUUCGUAAAUACGUGUCUGCGGAUGGCAUGGAGUCACAGGAAGUGACCAUCGAGGGCUCUCACCAGGAGACGGUGCAGAUCGAGGAGGGAGACACCGUCUCCAGAGUGGUGAAGAGAACUGUGCUUCACAGUGAGGGAGAUCAGAAAGAGCUGACAUUCUCCGAGCCCCGGGCCCUGGGCGCUGCCACCGCAUCCGAGUUUGAGAUGGAGCCAGUGCAGGGUCGAAAGGUCAGCAAGGUUGUCAAGACAACGGUGGUCAAAGGCAAGAGGAUGGAGAAGCAGACGGGGGACCCCUCGCUGGCUGCAGACCUCCCCUCAGCCAGAGAGGACUUUGAGAAGGCUUUGAGUUAUGCUGGAGGCUUUGGGAAACAGCUCCUUCCUCAUGUAGUAGAGAGGGAGUUUGUGCAGGACGACGGUUCUGUUGUUAGAAGAAGCCACAUGCGUAAGUCGAGAACCCAGAAGAGGACUGUGGUGAGGGAUGCCCGGGGGAAGCACGUGCACCUGGAGCGUCUGGAUGACACCCCCGACACCCAGCAGCCCGACUCCCUGCAGCAGCACCUGCACCGACUGCUCCAACACUACUGUGAGGACAACAGGGAGGAAGAGGAGGAGGAAGAGGAGGAGAGCUGAGACUGAGCAGCUGCUUCCACUGAUCCUCUCCCUGCGUCUCCCACUGAAGCCUUUGGUGAUGAUCAAGAUGUAACACAUCCCCUUCCUGUUUCUCUUCUUUUUGUCAAUGGAACAGUAUUUUGUGCUUGAACGCUCUCCCCCUCCCUCACAUUGUGUUUCGCUCUUUUUGUAACCAAAGAUAGCUCCUGUUUUUUUGUUGGAUUCUUUUUUUUUCUGUUUCACAUCUUUUUACCUCUCGGCUGCUGCGGCGUGGCCAAAGUACGACGCACCAAAGGUGGAUCGAAAAUCGAACGCGGGGCUCCUCGGACGUUUUUGCCUCACGCACGGGCCUCUUCUUGAAGAACUCUUGUAAAACAUUUGUAUAUAGAGGAGACGAAAAGAUCGUGCUUGGACCGGAAAGGAAAACAAAUCUAAGCAUUUAAUACGUUAGCCCACCCGAACCUGCUGUACAUGCACCGAUUCAGCUGGAGAAUGGCCCCUGUACAGAUGAGAUUAAUGUUACAUGGAGAAUGAACUGGGACGAGGGAAAGUGUAUCAUCAUGGACUCUUUAUACAGCAAAACAUCAACCUGCUGAUGUGUUUACAACGGCUGUGUGAGCACACCUUUUGUCUUCCCAUGAUGCAUCUGCCCCCCCCUUUUUUUCUUUUUCACGUGUCCGUCCCAACGUGUGUCGUGCAUUUCACAUUCUAUCUUCCACAGAGCUGCCACCUCUGUGUGUGUAUAUAUACAGUGUGUCUAUCAAGAGAGAGAGAGAGAGAGAGAGAGAGAGAGAGAGAGAGAGAGCAGUGAUGAGGAGUUGAUGUCCUCCUGUCUUCUGUGCUUCUCCCUCCAUCACCACGUGUGCUGCGUCUCCUCACCUCAAACUGCAGCGGUGCUCAUGUUGCCGUCCUCCAUGAAGCCUUGUCCAGGAGGAGUCUGGUUCGUUUUUUUCUUAUUGUCAGCAAAUCCCAUGAAGGAGCCCGAAACAACAAUGAUAACGAGUGUUGUGUGUGUGUGUGUGUGUUUCAAAACCUGAUCAAUCGUAUUUCCUAGUUGAAUCAAACUAUUAAAGGCACGUGUUACACUGGGGGGGGCAUGUUCCCUCAUUAUCAUCAACAAUUAACAGAACAUUAAAUGUAAUAUUAGUCCUAAUCUUUAGAUUUGAUUUGCUCUCAUUCAUAUUAUUCAAAGGUGCAUUUCACCUUAUUUCACAUGUCAAAUUCAGACUGUGAAUUCAUAGCAGUGUGUGUUACGACCUGCAGGGGGCGUUAACCAGUCUGAGAGGGUCUAACGAAAGAUGGAAUCAGGUUGCAUUAUGGGAAGUGUAGGAGGCACAUGAGCAUUUUUAUGACCCCAUAAUAAAAGGUCAAGAUAUCUUAGCGUCUCUUUGAUGAACCGUCACCAUAGAGUCAUAAACACUAACACACACACACAAGGUUUUAUUUUAGAAUUUAGUCGUUUUUUUAUUUAUAUAUUUAUAUAUCUGUUUUUUAAGCAAUUGUCACAUUUAAAUUGUAUAUACGUAUAAUUUCUAUUCUGUCACGUCUGAUCACUGUGUUGAGCAGAAGACUUUAGAUUUAUUGAGACCCCAACAAAUGCACUAUUUCUCCUUUUUGUGUAACGUUCAUUAAAAUCCUGAGUGAGCAGCUGCUUUUAGGAAACGGCUGCAAAAAGAAAGGAUGUGUGUGUGGGUGGGUGGGUUGUUUUAUAACUGGGAGCUGAGAGUCCCAGUCAGAGCGGUGGGGAACAGACGGACUGUACCAUUGUUGCUUUUGGUUUUGUGAAGAGAUUUGUUGACACUAAUAAAACAUAGACAGACACCAGACAUGUCCUUUUAGAUUUUAGUCAUCACACUUUACGUAUAAAUGCUUUGCAUUAACUGCUGAUGUGGAUUUGACUUGUCUUGUUAUCACUGCUCUCGAAGGAAUCGACCGAUCGUCCCAAAACCCGAGGAAACACAGACUUCCUUUCGCCGUCCGUUAUCAUGUCUGUACUUCCUUAUUUAUUUAUUACCCUCCAUUUAUGAUCCCUGUACAGUGAACUCCAGCAGUUGAAGCUGAGAGCGGUGUGUGCGUGUGUGUGUGUGUGUGUGUGUGUGUGUGUGUGUGUGUGUGUGUGUGUGUGUGUGUGUGUGUGUUUGAAUGUAUUCUAAAGCUAACGGUAAAGACAAAUGAAGAUCCCCCUCCUCCCAUCAUUGAUAAACAGAUUUGUUGAAUUGAAAGUCGCUGACAAAGUAUGUUUGGUGUUGAUCUACAGUCGGGAAUUGAACUGUGUAAAGAUACGAUCCUCAUGUUGCCAUGUAAUUUGAGUGUGAUCCAUUGGGAGAAUAAAAGAACGGUGUCCAAAAAGAGACCAUUGAUUUGAUAAAUGAGCAUCUUGUUUCCAUUGUGAUAACAAUAUAUACGUAUUAACAGUGCAAAUAUCUACGCGGGCAUGUGUGACAAAUUAUUACUAAAAAAUAAACCUGAAACGCUAAACAAGGCCUAGCAGCUGCAGUGUGUACGUGGCAGAACAAUAAAACUGUACAUGUCAA